AUGCAGACUCCAAAACCUAGGCCUGGAACGUUGGAGGUGCCUCAGAAGAAAUCUCCUGCAACAACUCCUAGAACUGCUCGUAAGCUCAAAACUGCAGAAACCGACACUGUUUCGUCUCCAAACCCAAAGAUGAGGACACCGAAGACUCAAAGCCCGAAAGUAGUUGCUGAUCGUCGUUCUCCAAGAACCCCUGUUAAUGAGAUUCAGAAGAAGCGCACAGGGAGAACACCGGAAGUAGCAUCUCAGUUAUCUCAGCUUCAAGAGGAGCUAAAGAGAGCAAAGGAACAGCUAAGCGCUUCUGAAGCUUCGAAGAAGGAAGCUCAAGAUGAAGCAGAGGAGACAAAGCAGCAGUUGAUGGAGAUCAACGCCUCUGAGGAUUCAAGAAUCGACGAGCUUCGCAAGCUCUCUCAAGAACGAGACAAGGCGUGGCAGUCUGAACUCGAAGCAAUGCAGAGACAGCACGCCAUGGAUUCCGCUGCUCUAGGUUCUGCCAUGAACGAGGUCCAGAAACUGAAAGCACAGCUCUCUGAAUCUGAGUCUGUUGAGGACUUGAGAAUGGAACUCAACGAGACACUGUCUCUCGUUGAGAACCUAAGAGGUGAGCUGUUUGAUGCGAAGGAAGGGGAAGCUCGCGCGCAUGAGAUUAUUUCGGGAACCGAAAAGCAAUUAGAGAUAGCGAACUUGACGCUCGAGAUGUUGCGUUCGGAUGGGAUGAAGAUGUCUGAAGCUUGUAACUCCCUUACAACCGAGCUAGAGCAGUCCAAAUCCGAGGUCAGGUCACUAGAGCAGCUCGUGAGACAACUCGAGGAAGAAGAUGAAGCUAGAGGAAACACCCUCGAAGACUCAGCAUCAAUGGAAGAGCUCAAAGAAGAGAUCAAUGCUGCAAGGCAUGAGAUUAGCCAAUUGAAAUCUGCUGUGGAAGUAACUGAGAGAAGGUACCACGAAGAGUAUAUCCAGAGCACGCUGCAGAUAAGAACUGCUUACGAACAAGUCGAGGUAGUAAAAUCCGGAUAUGCGCAGAGAGAGGCCGAGUUAGGAGAAGACCUGAAGAGAGCCAAAGCUGAAAGAGAGGCUUUGCAUGAACGGUUGAUGGAUAAGGAAGCUAAGCUGAGGAUACUGGCGGAUGAAAACGAACUACUGAACUUGAAAAUCAAAGAAACAGAAGAAGUAAACUUGGAGAACAGCUUGAACCAGAAAGAGCUUGAGGUUACGGACGAACUCAAGAAGCUAGAAUCCGAUCUGAUGGAGUUGAGAGCGAAUCUAAUGGACAAGGAGAUGGAGCUGCAGAGCGUAAUGUCGCAGAACGAGAGUCUCAGGAGCGAGAUGGAGGAGAUGCAGAGCGAGAAGAACAAGGCUAUCGACGAGGCUUUAGCGAGGCUAAGGAGUCUGACGGAAGAAGCGGAUAAGAGCGGGAAGAGAGCAGAGAACGCAACAGAACAGCUAGGGGCAGCACAAGUCACCAACACGGAGCUAGAAGCUGAGCUGAGGAGACUCAAGGUUCAGUGUGAUCAAUGGAGGAAAGCAGCUGAAGCAGCGGCUUCUAUGCUCUCUGGUGGUAACAACAACAAUAACAGUAACGGCAAGUACGUGGAGAGAACGGGAUCGCUGGAGAGUCCGUUGAGGAGGAACGUGAACAUGUCGCCUUAUAUGGAUGAAAUGGAUGAUGAUUUGUCUUCGCCGAAGAAGAAGAAUGGGAGUAUGUUAAAGAAGUUUGGUGUGUUACUGAAGAAGAGUCAGAAGUGA